CAUCCGUAUGUACCUAUGGGACCGGGGCCUAAUAAUCAACGAAAGUAGACUCAACAGACACGUUUUUCUCUUCUAUCACCAUCCGGAUAUAUUGUAUACACACACACAUCGCUCGCGCGCGCAUACACACACACACACAGACAUACUUCGUAACCAUACAGUUUUAUACAUCUAUGUAUGUAGAUAGGUACGUACCGCGUUUAACUUCAGUGUGUUACUGCUGAUCUGACAAUCCUGACAGUUCACAGUCGAGUAGUCAACGGGACGCAGGCAGACUCAUUAAAGAUGGCGGCUGUAGACGUUGAACGAGCGAAGCAGCUUGAAAAUUGUAUUCGUAAUUUGAAGUUAUCUGGACAUGUUGGUUUUGAUAGUUUGCCUGAUCAAUUAGUUAAUAAAUCAGUGCAAAAUGGAUUUGUCUUCAACAUCUUAUGCAUUGGUGAAACAGGACUUGGUAAAUCAACUCUUAUGGACUCUUUGUUCAACACCAGUUUUGAGUCUACUCCAAGUCCUCAUAAUUUACCUGCUGUUAAGCUGAAAGCACAUACUUAUGAGCUUCAAGAAAGUAAUGUUAGAUUAAAACUGACUAUUGUUGAUACGGUUGGCUAUGGAGAUCAAGUUAAUAAGGAAGACAGUUUCAAAGCUGUAGUGGAUUAUAUUGAUGCUCAAUUUGAGGCUUAUCUACAAGAAGAAUUGAAAAUCAAACGCUCACUUUCUGCCUAUCAUGAUAGUCGUAUUCAUGUGUGUCUUUAUUUCAUUUGUCCUACAGGACAUGGAUUGAAGUCAAUCGACUUAGUUUGUAUGAAAAAACUUGAUACAAAAGUGAAUAUCAUUCCAAUCAUUGCCAAAGCUGAUACUAUAUCAAAGACUGAGUUACAAAAGUUUAAGAGUAAAAUUAUAAGUGAACUUCAAAGUAAUGGUGUUAAUAUAUACCAAUUUCCAACUGACGAUGAGAGUGUUACUGAAGUGAAUACUCAGAUGAAUGCUCAUGUACCUUUUGCUGUAGUAGGAAGUACAGAUUUUGUUCGUGUUGGCAAUAAAAUGAUGAGAUCUCGACAGUACCCAUGGGGAACAGUACAAGUUGAAAAUGAAUCCCAUUGCGAUUUUGUAAAAUUAAGAGAAAUGUUGAUUCGCACAAAUAUGGAAGAUAUGAGAGAGAAAACUCAUAAUCGGCAUUACGAAUUGUAUCGAAAGAAAAGACUAGAACAGAUGGGAUUCAGCGACGUUGAUAGCGAGAAUAAACCUGUAAGUUUUCAACAAACGUGUGAAGCAAAACGAUCGACUCAUUUACAAGAAUUGCAGCAGAAAGAAGAUGAAAUGAGACAAAUGUUUGUAGUGAGAGUAAAAGAUGCUGAAGCUGAAUUAAAAGAAGCAGAAAAAGAACUUCAUAACAAAUUUGAUAAACUAAAAAGAGAUCAUACCGAUGAAAAGAAGAAACUAGAGGAAAGCCGAAAAAAAUUGGAAGAUGAUAUUCAAGAAUUUAAUAGACGAAAGACUCAAAUUGCUAUACAAUCGCAAUCUCAUCACACUCUUACUUUAGGCAAAAGCAAAAAGAAGUAAUUUGCAGUUACGAACGUUAACAUUAGACUGCAAUUAUGCAUUAUUUUCUUGACUAAUUUGAACAAAAUUCAAUUUUACUUAAUUCAUUCAAUAUUCAACUUUAAAUAAAAGAAAUAAUGUUGUCUUAAUGUUUCAUUUUGAUUGGUAUUGUAACAAACAUACCGCGAAAAUUAAUUUUAAAAAGUAAGAUAUUUAAUUUCAGUAUUGUAAACUUUCUAUUAAAUAUUUAAUUUUAAUAUACUUUUUGAUAGAUGUAUCUUUACUACGUAUAGCCAAAUAUUAUGGUUGGACAAAUCUUUAUACAAAAUUAUGAA